AUGUCUCCACCUCGGUCCAUCCGUGAGGUGCAGAGGCUCACAGGGCGGUUGGCGGCCCUGAACCGAUUCCUGUCGCAGUCAGUCUCCAAGGCAUUACCUUUUUUCAAGGUUCUCAAGAAGGCCGACAGCUUCUCCUGGACUGAAGAAUGUCAACAGGUCUUUGAGCAACUAAAGGAGUACCUUCACCAACUCCCAACGCUCACCUCGCCUCGACCGGGGGACAAGUUGAUUUUGUACCUGUCUGCCGCGGUCGAAACUGUGAGCGCCGUACUGCCCCUCAGACAAGUCUUAUCAUGCUCGGAGGCUUCUGGACGCCUUACUAAAUGGGCCAUUGAGUUGGGGGAAUAUGACCUGUCUUAUGAACCUCGGACGGCUAUCAAAGCUCAAGCCCUGGCGAAUUUUUUGGUUGAACUCACUUUCGACGAGGUAAAUAAUUCUACCCCAGCCACCGCUGAGACUCAGCGGUGGAUUCUGCAUGUGGAUGGCUCGUCUAACAGUGAGGGUAGUGGAACGGGCUUGCUCCUCGAAGAUCCCCAGGGAGACGUGUGUUCAUAUGCCUUAAGAUUUGAUUUCGCCGCUUCAAACAAUGAGGCCGAAUACGAAGUAGAAAUUGCCGGCCUGCAACUAGCUCGUAAGCUCGGGGCCGCGCACAUCUUGGUCUACAGCGACUUCCAACUUGUCGUGUGCCAAAUAUUGGGUGAGUACGAGGCUAGAGAAGAGGUCAUGCAUCGCUACCUCUCCAAGGUCCACCAGUUGAUCGCACACUUCGAGUCUUUUGAAAUCCAAAGGAUACCACGGUCGCAAAACAAACGGGCCGAUGCUUUAUCUCGGCUUGUUUCUACCUCGUUUUCUGACUUGAAUAAGACGGUUCUUGUGGAAGUUUUAGCCGAGCCGGAAUACCUAGGAGAAGUCGUGUACCCCGUCUAUCCCGGAGACACCUGGAUGGGCCCCUUGAUUCGAUUUCUCAGUCGGGGGGAGCUCCCUGAUGAUCGAACUGAAUCGAGAAAGCUUCAGCGUAAAGCAGCUCGGUAUACCAUCCGACAAAAUCUCUUGUACAAGAGGUCCUACCUCGGCCCGUGGCUGCGAUGUAUUACACCAGAAGAAGACCAAAGGAUCCUCCAAGAUAUACACAAGGGACUCUGUGGUGCUCACGUCGGCUACAGGAUGCUCGUCAAAAAAGCUCUGUUGCUAGGGUAUUUCUGGCCCACCAUAAGGGUAGAUGCCCAGAUCAUGGUCCUUAGCUGUCCUGCUUGCCAGCACCACGCCCCUGAGCACCACCAGCCGACCAAUCUCAUGAUCCCCAUCACCUCGCCAUGGCCAUUCGAACAAUGGGGGACUGACAUAAUCGGCCAAUUCCCCAGAGCCCCAGACAAUUACGCUUACGUGGUGGUAGCGGUGGAUUAUUUUACCAAAUGGGCCGAGGCCGAGCCUCUGAGAACCAUCACUGGGACCACCCCGAGGUCGGCAACCCAAGAGACUCCGUUCUCUUUAACGUAUGGGUCCGAAGCUGUAGUCCCCGCCGAGUUCAUCACGCCGAACCCGCGAAUGGCCGCGUAUGCUGCCGAAAUUAAUGAAGAAGAGCGGCGAGUCGACCUCGACCUCGACCUCGCCGAAGAGAAACGUGAUAUGACAGCGGCCAAAAUCGCUCUUUAUAAAAAUAUCCUAGUUGGCUACUAUAAUACCCGGGUCAGGCACCUGCGAUUCAAUCCGGGAGACCUUGUGCUCCGGAAAAAUUCGGUCAGUCGAGCUGAACCUCAGGGAAAACUUAGCCCCAAGUGGGAGGGACCCUACCGUGUUAUCGAAUCCAGCCAAAACGGAUACUGUAAAUUAGCUUACCGGGAUAGUUCUCGGGUGUCUCGAACUUGGCACGCUGAGAACCUCAGAAUGUAUCACCCCUGA